AUGGCCGAAAAUAAGGUUGCUCCGGAUGGCGGUUACGGUUGGACAGUAGUGGCCGGUUGUGCCCUAAUCAAUAUAUUUAACCAAUCGCUUGUCUCAGUUUUUGGUUUAAUGUUCGGUGAUUACCUUACUUCUUUAGGAGAAAAUGCAUUUGGAGCCGCGCUAGUAAUGAACAUUUGCAACAUAUCGUUAAAUUUUUCCGGUUUGUUCACUGGGCCGAUUAUCAAAAAGUUCAAUCCUAGGAGGGCAACGAUUUUGGGCACUUUGCUUACCGGAUGUGCGCUGACCGUGUGCGCUUAUGCGACACACAUGUGGCAAAUAAUAGCUGCGUAUAGUGUCGGUUUUGGAUUCGGACUGGGACUGAUACAGUCCGCCACUUUUGUGGCCCUCAAUUCAUACUUUCGCAACAAUAAAGGGAAAGCGGUUGGUUUCGCGCUAGCAGGAACGGGCAUCGGGCAAAUUGUGAUGCCAUUGUUGGUCCAAUUUUUGUUGAACAACUUUAGUUUUCGGGGAGCCACGCUCAUUAUUGGCGGAUUGGCUUUCAAUGGAAUUAUAGGGGCAUCGCUUUUGCAACCAGUAGAAUGGCACUUGAAAAUAGUGUCUGAUGAAGAAUGGCAACCGCUUUUAAAUAGUCGAAGCUCAAACGAAGCCAAAAAGUCUGGAUGGUCGAAGUUAGCUGCUCUGAUGGACUUCGCAAUUCUUCGAAGAUUUUCGUUUCUAAAUUUGAUCUUUGGAUUGGGUCUAGCUUAUACAGCCACAAGUAGUUUUUCUUUAUUCUUUCCGUACUUUUUGCAGAAAACCGCAAAUCUAGAUAUGCUCCAAGCAGCCCAUUGCAUGUCCAUCCUGUCGACAACGGAUCUUCUGACGAGAAUCACCGUUCCUGCUGUCGUGGAUAAGAUGAAGUUUACGCAUCGGAACACGUUCUUGAUGGCCGGACUUUGCCUGGUCGUAGUUCGAUCUGUUAUGGCGGAAAUGCGCGGGCUGGUAGCGCUAAUGGUUACAUCUGCCGUUUAUGGGAUUUUUCGUUCGAUCACGAUCGUCAACCAAAAUCUUACCAUUGCCGAGUAUUGCAGCGAGAACGGGCUGGAUGGAAUGCUGCCCAAUGCACUGGGCUUCAAUAUGAUCGUUAAAGGUGUUCUAGUUUUAAGUUUUGGUCAAGCUCUCGGGUGGUUUGUGGACUUCAGCGGAAGCUACUCACUGACAUUGCACGCGCAAAAUCUGCUCUUGAUUUCGACUUGCAUACUGUGGUUAUGUGAGAUGUACAUUAGGCGGAAAUAA